UCUCUAACCUCUCUCUCUAACGCAGAUUGCAGCAAGAAGAUGGGUUCAGAUCAGAAAGUGCAUAGCUUUGAGGAAGUCGCGAAGCACAACAAGACCAAGGAUUGUUGGAUUAUAAUCGAUGGAAAGGUUUAUGAUGUAACUCCAUUUAUGGAUGAUCAUCCUGGAGGUGAUGAAGUCCUGCUUUCAGCUACAGGGAAGGAUGGAACAAAUGAUUUUGAGGAUGUUGGGCAUAGCGAUACUGCUAGAGAAAUGAUGGAUCAAUAUUACAUUGGAGAGAUUGACAUGUCUACAGUCCCAUUAAAACGCACUUAUAUUCCACCACAACAGACCCCAUACAAUGCCGACAAGGCCCCAGAUUUUGUGAUCAAGAUUUUGCAGUUCCUUGUACCUCUAUUGAUCUUGGGCUUGGCCUUUGCUGUUCGACACUACACCAAGGAGAAGUAGUGGAUUCAAUUCGUAUCAGGCAGUUGUCUUUAAUACUUUAUGUUAAUUGUUUAAUGAGUACUUAUUUCCCCUUUUUGAGUCGCAUUGUAUGCAACAUGAACUACCAUGGUAUCUGAUCCUGUUAUUGGAUGAGACCUCUCAUUCUCUUGUGAUUCCUUAUGUUCACCACCUUUGGGCAUUAGUUGCUUUAGAAAGAGAUGGAUGCAGAAGUGCAGUGAGUUAUUAUUGAUAACAGUUUU